ACCACUCGGAUGCUACCGCGCGACCGAUCUCUUUUUUCGUCUACUCGCGACUGAUUGUUUUCCAACAAAAAAAUCUGGCAGUGCUUUAUGAAUUUUUGUUUUUUGUUGUCGGUGCGUUUGAGUGAUAGACGAAAGUGAAUUGUUAAUGCACAAUAUAUUCUGGCCAAUUAACAAGUGCAACGUGUUUCGUUUUUUUUUUCUUUUUCAGCAGCGGAUGUUUACCAAGAUGAACGUGGCCUAGUUGCACGAGAAAUGCUGUUUAUUGAAAAAUUGUUACGCGGAAAAAUUUGAAAAAAUGGCUCCAGACAGACCAGAUGCAUCGGACGUGGUGACUAAUGGAAUACCCAUAGCAACGUCGACAUACGGACUGUGCAACACAUUCGGCAUCAAAGAAAGCGACAGCGCGAAUCAUCAGCAGUACCUCGAGGAAUCGAUGGUGCAUGCUAGUGAAAUCGUUAUCGAAGAAGAGGUUAAACCGGAGAUUAACGAGAAGCCAAUUAAUCAAUCCGAUGACGAUUUAACGUCACUUAGUUGGUUGCACCAGCAGAAUUUACUGAAAGGGUUGGAUAUUACGGAACAACAACCAAUAAAGAAUGUUAAAGAUGAAAAUAUUCUAAAUAAUAACGUGGUCGCGUACGAAGAUAGUCUUGAUACUUCGGAAAAUACAAAUUCCGUAUCCAGUCUGGAUGAAAGUUAUUAUCCAGAAAGUAACGGCAACCCCGGUGGAGUAUGUUCGCCGCAGUUUGGAGCCUAUGACGUAAUAGUGAGUAACGGUUGUUCACCUCCAAAAAAUACUCAGGAAAAUUCAUCACCGAACGGUACAACACGCAACAAGCAUCCAACCCACAUACCUUACGAUCCUCAUCUGCACAAGAACAGCAAGCCACCAUACUCAUUCUCCUGCCUCAUCUUCAUGGCUAUCGAGGACAGUCCAGUCAAAGCACUUCCAGUCAAGGAGGUUUACGCUUGGAUACUCGAACACUUCCCGUACUUCAGAAAUGCUCCGACCGGCUGGAAAAACUCGGUCAGGCACAACUUGAGCCUAAACAAGUGCUUCCGCAAAGUCGAGAAAUCACCAGUGAGUGUUUCUCCAGAUACCACCCUUUGUAAUCUAGGCAAAGGUUCGUUGUGGAUGGUAGAUGCACAGUACCGCCCAAAUUUACUUCAAGCUCUAUCACGUUGCCCUUAUCCGUUGCCAACAAAUGCCAAUAUCAUUGCGCCGGAAAAGUCAACGCGCAAAAGUUCCAACACACGACUGCCGGAUCCUGUGUUGUUUCCGUAUUUGUCCAAGCGACUUGCGUCGAGUAACAUUGACGACAAUUCCGAUGCUGAUUUCGACAGUGACGUCGAUGCAGCGGCCGCUGCCAUGUUGUCCUUCAAACAUGGCCCAAUAAUUCUUAAUCACAAUAAAGUGUUUAUUAAUGAAGAUAAUUGUAAUGAUGAAGAUAUUAUUCCUGACGUAGAUCCUAAAAGAAAAAAUCCUGAGCCAGAUAAGAUGGUUCCGGUGAUUACACGGAGCUGUACCGAAGACCAUACGUACAGCUUAAUCACGUCGGUGCGUCUGGAAAGACGGCAAAUUAAUACGUGUUCAGACAUAGACGAGCAACGUAAAAUUGCCGAAGGUGCCGAUGCUCUUCUAAACCUAGCGGGUGUAACAACAGAGUCAUUUAUAGUGCGCGAUCCACUCGACCCUGAAGAAGAGGAAGGGGAAUUCGAUAUGCUUUAUGGCCCGUACAAAAACGCUCUGCCAUCGAUCUCUGGCAGUGACCCGCUAGAAAUCAGACCUACAAACAAACGCCGCUCAUCGAAUACCGAUGUCACAAACAAACGACGCAAACGACCGUGGCAAGAAGCGUGGAACGCCAAUGGCAGGUAUCCUAAGCAAGUGCGAGGCUAAUACUCGAUAUAAGCUCAUUCGUUAAAACUGUUUAAUCGUAAAAUUCAAAGUUUCAUCGAUUGCAUGUCAAAGACACUCGAUAAAUUGACGUUAAAGUUCACUUAGAUCUUAUGCACAGUUGGAUGUUUUAUAUCGAUGAAGCUUCUCAUCGUAUGGAAAAUACUACUAGGCGUGGUGAUUUACGAGAUAAAAAUAGAGAGGAACGAAUGAAUGAUUUACGUGUUUUAACUUUUUUUAACGCAUGUGUAUGUAUGUGUUUGUGUGCGCUUGUAUGUGUAUCCACACGUACAUAAAUUGAAUAUGAACGCGUAUAUACACAUGGCAGACCAGAGUUAGAACACAACUCGUGCAAUGCCAAAAACCAAUUCAGUAGCACUAAACGUCAAGCAAUAACGCAAGGGUAAAGGGAGAUAAAGAUUGCUAGUGUGUGUAUAUAUAUAUAUUUAUAUAUAUAAAGAGGAUAUAUAAAUAUUAUUGCAGUACCGUCCAUUAAUUCUGAACAGAUAAUCAAUUUUUUGCUUCAAAUUCGAAGGAACAUAUCUUCAAAUUUGAUCCUAGACAAAUUCUGAGUAUAUCAUUUCAAAUCUUUAUUCAGAGUUUUGCCAGUUGUAAUAUUUAAAAAAUCGUAAAUUAUUGAAUAAAAGCGUAGAAAUGAACAUAUUACAAAAAUUACUUGUACAAUUUGUUUUUUGAGAAAACAUAUUUAAAAAAAAAUAGUCAGCUUGAGAAAAAGUUUUGAAUAAUAUGCUAAAAUGGUCCGUUCAAAAAAAUGUUUAGAAUAAAAAUUGAAGAAUAUAUACUCUCUUAACGACUCAAAGUUAAAGCUACAAAUUGAUUACUUGAUUAGUAUUGAUGAAGAGUACUAUAUAUGGAGAAGAAUUUUAAAGUAAUAAUGUAGACAAAGAGCAGUCGCUACUUGAUUGCAAAUUUUAAAUGAGUGAAUUACAAGGAGAGAAAGUUGUGUAUGGGAUGUUGUCGGAAUGUUGUCAGACUUAUAAACAAAAAAUGUUGCGAUUAUCAUAAAUAGAAAAUAUUAAUUCAUAUAGAGAGUUUAUUAAUAAUAAUCACAGAUCUUUAUUAGACUUUUUCUUGUAGAUAUUGUAUAGAGAUAAAAAAAGGCUAACUAAUUAUUCACUAAAAAAAUUAUAUAUAUAUAUAAUUUCUUGAUAUCAAAGUUCAUAACAUGCACGUAGAGCACAUAAGAGGAAAUAAUAUAUUUAAGUUGAAAAUGCCAAGUUUGUCUCAUCUGUAGAGUCACUUAUUUUUAUAUUCGUAUUUAUUAUGAAUUUUCAUUUAUUUCUAAUGUAGGUAAAAAAAUCUAACGUAAUAUAUUAUGUUUAAUAUAUUAUUUUUCAAUGCACAUAUGCUUGUGUGAACAUAUUCAGUAAGUUACCAAAGAUGAGACGCACUAGGUAUUAUGAAUGACAUCACGCGAACAAUAAUCACUGACGUACUAGAAGUAUAUGAUUUAUUAAAUAGUGGACGGAGGCUACGUAAUAUGUCGUAUAUACAAAUAUAUGUAAAAAAAGAUCCAGUAUUUCUCACCUUUUUCUACUCUAUAUGUGGCUUUUCAAAACAAACAAGAAACUCACAGAAACAUUUCGGCAAACGCGCACAAGCAUAUAAGCUUUCUCGUACUAAACAAGCUCGAAAAUAAAUUAUUAUCCUUUAUUUUAUUAGAUAAUAAAAGCUUAUAUGGCGAUGUUGAAGCGCGACAAAAAAAAUAUAUAAAGACGGACGGAUAUAAGCGAAAAAUAUAUUUUUACAGGGCUUUUUGCCCGCGUGAUAAUGCUCUUCCUAUAGUAAAAAUUUUUGCUGUGACACUUGUCGCUAAACCCAUUGCAAUGUAAUCAGUGAUUGAUCUUUUCGUUGAACUUCGACAUUGUUAUUAUGAUACACGCAUUAUCAUGAUUUUGCAUAAUAAUUUGAACGUUACUAUUGGCUCUAUUACAAAAUUAAAUCGCUAUUCGUUAAAAGGAAUCGUUUAUUUAUUUUGAUAGUAUUCGUAAGCUGUUGAGAAUAUGAAAAUUAUUAAUAUAUUUUCUUAUUUAACUCUUUUAAAAAAAAAUCGUGAUUUAGCGCGUUAAUAAUUUUUUGUUUUGUUUUCAAAAGAGAUAAUAUAAAGUGUGUUGAAUUUGUAAGUAUUUUGAUAAACAUACUUUUGAUAGAUCAUGUAAGAUAUACUUUUUCUAAAACGAUAAAGCGUUUUUCAAUAUGAAUUUUUAUUUACUUUUUAACUAAUUUGGAUGAAUAUUUGUAAAUUCCUUGACUUAAAAGAAAGUAAAAAUAACCUUUUAACAUUAAGCGAUUUAAUUUCUAUAUUUGGAAAUUAAUGUUAAGAUGAAUUAUUUUUGUAUAAAUGUAAAUAUUUUGUUUUUCCUUGGCGUUGUUUAUGAAAAAGAUUCAUUGACGAUUUAAAAUCUUCGAUGGGUCGAGUUGUACAAUUUUAAAUAAGCUGUUGCGGUUAUAUAGUCGUUAAUAAAACUACGUAAGUUAUGUUUUUUCUCGAUUUACCUUUAACAUAUGAAACUCAAAGCUAUAUGGAAUAUCGUUCAACUUUGACGCUCAUUUACAAUGUUGUUCAGUUACUCCAUAAAUUUUGUUCCAAAUGAAAAGAUGAAACAAUAACCUCAGACAUGUAACCACGUAAAUCUAGUCUUAACAAAGCGAGUCCGCACACUUGCAUACUCCAAUUAUAUUCGUCCCAAACUUUCUUCAAAAUGUUUAUUCAGCUCUGUCAGUUCAGAAAUAAAAAUCUAAAAUUAUAGUUUUGUAAUUUCGUAGGAGCGAACGGAUCUUGUGGUCAGACACGUUAACAUUGCGAUUCCUUCGUUAUUUACCUCUAGAUCGCGGUUUACGUUUUAUCAAAAGUGACCGAGGAAUGUAUGUUGAAGAGAAUGCCACAUACGCAAAACAAAAUGAAUAACUUGAGAAUUCACGCUUUUUAGCUUUUAUUAUAGAGCUUGAUUGCAAAUAUAUCUAUCUGUGAUAUAAAAAAAGGUUUUCGAGCUUCUAAAAAAUUAUUCUUACGGCAUUCUAGUCUCUAUUCCUCAGUCUAAUUUAUAAUUCUCGAUGCGCUUGUUAAAAAUAGAAUUUAUCGUGAAUAAGGUGGAAUUUGCAUUACCUUAUUGCGUAUGAAAAAAAAAUUAACUUUUAUUCGCGACGACUGACAAGUCUGUUCUUCCACGCACCGCAUCCUUCAGUUAAUAAUGGAAUAGAAAUUUACGCUUUAAUUAUAGAUGAAAAAAUCGUUACUAAUUGUCGAACGAAAAUGAUCACUACUAGAAAAAUAACUAACGUUUGAACUACUAAAAAUUCAAAUGUGCGAUAUUAUCAUAAAAUAGCGAUAAUCCUGAAGUUAGUUAAAGUCUUGAAACCUUACAUUGAAUGAUCUUAAUCGUAUAAGUAUCUGUAAAAAAGCAAUACACCAGUAACACCUGAUAUCGAAUGAAGAAUACUCUAAGUCAGCCGACUAAUUUUUCAUUUUCUUUUUCUUUUGAUUUUGACAAAGAAAAUAAUAAUAAUAAUAAUAAUAAUAAUAAUAAUAAUAAAAAUAAUAAUAGUAAUAAUGAUAAUGAUAAUGAUAAUGAUAAAUAUAAAAAUAAAAAAAUCGAAAAAAAAUUGUUGAACGGCUGACGGACUAGCGACACGUAUAAUUGUAUAUUCAUAAAUAUAGGUGUAAAAAUGUCAUAUUGACGUAUGAAAGAGCCUCACCUGACGUACAUGAUAUUUUUAAGUGCAAAAAGUCCAAUGUAUGUAUUUUAUGUAUGUCGCAUCACCUACACUUCUAUGACAGGAAAGGUGGUUGAAUAUUUUGCGCUCGUCAUUUAUUCUUGUACUAGUUUUUUUUUCUUUUGUUCGUGAACUUCGGAUUUCAUAAUGAUUGAUAGAAGAAAACGGAAGGAUGUAUAUCGUACAAUUACAAAAGUGUCAAUUCAAAUGUGAACAAUACCACUAGAUUUAUAUUAUGAUAUACAUCUUUAGAACAUAUCUCGCAUAAAUAAAUUAUCCUUUGAAAACUUAAUCCAAUCUUGAUACAACCUUUGAUAAAUAUUUUACGACACUGAUAUAACAGUUAUAAAAAGAAAAUAAUACCUGGAUAAACGAUACGCGCAUUUUCGAAAAUGAAUUCAACACCGAAAUUAUUGUCAGAGUAGCUUGCACGGACAAUCAAAGACAUAAAGUUAAUUAUGCGUACCAUCACGAGGCUUGUUUUUAUAAAAAAAAAAACAAUCAAAAAAAGAAAACACACUGAACAAAAGCCCGCGACGUUCAUUCAGGUAUAAUAUAGGCGCCAUCAGAUAGUCAACUUUAAUAUAUAAACACACAACUUUACAAAUUAUAUCCCUGUGUCACCAAGGAUUGCUUCCGCUAUGUUUUUAAAUUUGUGCCAAAAAGAUAACAAAGUUUCUGUUGAAGACGUAGAGUCUCCUGUUUAACACACUUCCUAAGGAAAAUAUAUUAUAUAUGAAUGUUUCUUGUACUUUAUCAAUUCAAUGUCAACGACGCUUGAGGUGUUGAGAUGAACGAUUAUGUCUGUACAUAACUCGAGAAUGUGAUUUGUAUAUGAUUGUUUUCCACGGGUCGUAUACACUUUCUAUAUAUAUACUACUGUAAGCUCCGACGCGAUGAUCCGUUCGUUGUUGCGGCGAUUGGUUAUAUAGUUUCCUUUUAUGUUUUUAUUGCCAUUUUUUUGGAUAAUGUAAUGUUGUUGAUGAUUGUUGACGUUUGAAAGGUUAAGGUUUCGCGACUUCAAGUAUCCAAAAUUCAGAUACCAAUUAUUAUAAUUAUAACUAUACAUCAUUAUUAUCACUAUCCUCAUAGUGAUGAUUUUAUUCUUACAAUAUUAUAUCAUCAUAAGUACUAUAAUUACUAUUAUUAUUGAUUUGAAAAAAAACAAUCAAUGUAAAAUGUUUGUUAAGUUUGUGGCCUUGCUUAUAUAAUUUAAGUAUAUAUAAUAAUAUUUUAGGCUGUAACCACGACAAAAUUUUACCCAAUA